CUUAUUGUUGUUUGUUUUCUGUCAUGAUUCCUGCUUUUAUUCUUUCUGGCUUUCUUUCUUUAUUCAUAAUACAUUUCUUCUGUCUCCUGAUGGAAAUAAAGCUUUGUUUCUAUCUUUUUAACUAUUUGACCCAACCUGUAUCGGCUGUUCCUCGAUCAUCCCUUUGUGAAAUUGUAGAAUUCUGAAAUGCAGAUUAUCAUGUCUUUGAUGGCUGGCUAUGGAAUGUCUUUGCUUAAGAUUUUUUUUUCUUUUUAUGUUCUUUGGUAUAUCUUUCAACUUUUGUUAGGGCAUAGUAAUGGGCAUGUAUUUUGGGAAGUUUCUUUAUUUCAUUAUUUACCUUUCUACUAGCAGAUAUUGGCACCAAACUUGGUUUGCUUCUAUGAGCCAAUCCUGGUCCUUUCUUCAGCUUCAUAAUGGUAUUGAAGGGUUUAUGUGAAAGGAUUGUUGCUUCGAAAUGCACUUCUAAAAGCUCAACCGAGACUGUAGAUUCUACUCAGGUGCCUGCUUAUUUAAAAGCAGGGUCUAGUGACAAAAGCAGUUCAUUCUCGAAGUAGUGGGUGGGCAGCUGCUGUGAGGAAAGUUGUAACCAGUGGUUCAAUGAGGAGAUUUCAUGAGCGUGUACUAGGGUCAAGCAGGACUGACAUUUCAAGUUCUGAUGGUGAUAUAUGGCUUCUAGGUGUCUGUCAUCAAAUUUCACAGCAGGAAUCAAGUGGAGGUGUAGAUACCAAUAAUGGAUUGGCAUCAUUUGAACAAGAUUUUUCCUCAAAAAUCCUAGUUACCUACCGGAAAGGCUUUGAUGCUAUUGGAGAUUCAAAGUAUACUAGUGAUGUUAAUUGGGGCUGUAUGCUUCGAAGCAGUCAGAUGCUUGUUGCUCAGGCAUUACUUUUUCAUAAAUUAGGUAGAUCGUGGAGAAAAUCUGUUGAUAAGCCAGUGGAUAAAGAAUAUUUAAAAAUCUUGCAACUUUUUGGUGAUUCAGAGGCUUCUGCCUUUUCUAUUCACAAUCUUCUUCAAGCUGGUAAAGGUUAUGGCCUUGCUGUUGGGUCAUGGGUGGGACCAUAUGCCAUGUGUCGCACUUGGGAAGUUCUUGCCCGUAUCCAGAGGGAGAAAAAUGACCUUGGAGAACCACCACUUCCAAUGGCUAUUUAUGUUGUUUCUGGAGAUGAGGAUGGGGAACGUGGUGGAGCACCGGUUGUCUGCAUUGAAGACGCCUUCAAACACUGUUCUGAGUUUUCAAGGGGCCAAACUGCUUGGACACCUCUUCUUUUGUUGGUUCCUUUGGUUCUUGGACUCGAUAAAGUCAAUCCAAGGUAUAUUCCGUUAUUGCACUCGACUUUUAAAUUUCCCCAAAGCCUUGGCAUCAUGGGUGGCAAACCAGGUGCUUCAACAUACAUUAUUGGUGUUCAGAGUGAAAAGGCAUUCUACCUUGAUCCACAUGAUGUUCAGACGGUAGUUAAUAUCAGCGGGGAUACUCCGGAGCCUAAUAGUACUUCAUCGUACCAUUGCAAUGUUAUGAGGCACAUACCCCUAGAUUCAAUCGAUCCAUCCUUGGCUAUUGGAUUUUACUGCCGAGACAAAGAUGAUUUUGACGAUUUCUGCUCCCAUGCUUCCAAGCUUGCAGAAGAAUCAAACGGGGCACCAUUGUUCACUGUAGCUAAGUCUCGGAGUUUCUCAAAGCAAGUCUCUAGUAAUGAUGUCUCAGGUGACAACACCGGAUUCGAAGAGGAUGCUUUCCUUGGCACCGACCAUGUUAACGAUGCAGGAACCAAUGAGGAUGAUUGGCAACUCUUAUAAAUGCCAUUGCCAGACAGAGAUUAUGACACAUAUUCAAAGCACUGCGUCAACAAAUUGUUGCUUGGUUCUCACGGGCCUAAUUGCCACUGCAUGUUGGGUUGAUCUCUGGCAUGAGGCUCCCACUCUUCAAACAUUGUUUAAUAGUCCUGUAGAAAGUAAUUUAAACUCAUUAUGAUUCUUUGGCUUAAAUCGUUAUGUCCUCAUUUGUUUAUAUAACUAACCAGAAUUUGUUGUACAUUACAGCAGCUAGUUUGAUCAUAUUUGUUGCCUUUACCCCUUUAUUGGCUACAAAAAUGUAGUGGAUAGUACUGUGGGGCUACAAAUAAAUGGUAGAAAGUAGUUCAUGUUGA